AUGCAACCCUAUCCGUAUGGUCAGUAUGUAUAUCCAAAUGCUGCAGCAAUGCCCGUUCGGUAUAUGGUACCACCUGGACAUAGACAACCAUCUCCACCAUUUGCUAAUCAAGCAUUUAAUCGUUAUGCUGCAGUACCAGCAAAUACUCGCCCUCCGCAAAAUAUGAUACAACCAAUACGUUAUCCACCUGUAUAUGCUCAACCCGGUAUGCAAAUGCCAUAUGGCACACCUCAACAAUAUCAACCGCCUCAACCACCUCAACAAUAUCAACCACCUCAACCACCUCAGCAAUAUCAACCACCUCAACAAUAUCAACCACCUCAACAAUAUCAACCACCUGAACAAUUACGACCACCACAGCCAUAUUAUUAUAAUCUAUAUGCUUCGAAUCAAGAAACUCCUACAGUCAUCUCAACCGAUCCAAAAACACCAGCGCCUAAGAAAGGUGUAAAAGAAUAUAAAGAUAAUGCAUUUACAAUUGCACCCGAUGGUGUACAAAAUGACACAAUUAAAGGUCUUGUUUCUAAUAAUGAUAUUAAUGAAUUAUUAAAACAUAAAGGUACAAAAGUUAAAGUUUCAAAGAUUUAUCGAAUUACGAAAACAAAACCUGAUAUUAAACCAGAUGAAUCAAGUGAUGAAGAUUUACCACCUGUACCAGUAGCACCACCUCGAUCACAAACAAUUCAACGGCCAGUUUCAUCAUCAUCGUCAUCAUCAAGCUGCAGUCAUUGUUCAACAUGUAGUAAUUGUUCUUGCUCGGAAUGUCGUGAUAGAAAUCGAUCACACAGUUAUGAUGAUUGUCCAGAAUGUCGUGCUGAAUGGGAUCGUGAACAAGCUAGACGACAAAGACGUAAAUGA